AUGCUUUGGUCAAUCCUUCCUGUGUCGGUCGUGCUGCCGGUGCUGUUUGGUACUGCGGUGUCUGCGGCUGCUCAGCCUAAGUCGUACGAUUAUGUCAUUGUUGGUGGAGGUACCACCGGUCUCGUUGCGGCGAACAGGCUGAGCGAGGACCCGAGCAAGACUGUCCUGGUCAUCGAGAACGGUAUCCUCAACAAUGGCACCCUGUCCAGCAUCCCAGGCAAUUCUGGCGGCCUCAAUCUCGCAGCCAUGUACGACAUCUACAGUGCCCCAGUGCCAAACCUCGGAAACCAGACUUUCCUUGUGACAGUCGGUAACGUCGUUGGCGGCGGCUCGUACGUCAAUGGAAUGCAAUUUGACCGCGGUGCAAACGCCGACUACGAUGCCUGGGAGGACCUCGGCAACAAAGGCUGGGGCUGGAAAGGCCUAGAGAAGUAUUUCUUCAAGAGCAACCACUUCGAUGCGCCAUCCGCUGCGACCACCAAAGAGUUCAACAUUACCUACGACGCGAAGGCCUAUGGCGAUGGCCCAGUGAAGGUCUCUAUCCCGGACUGGCAAUUUCCUGACAUGAAGAAGCUCUUUGCUUCUUGGAACAAUGUCGCUAUUCCGCACCCAAAAGAGGGUUUCGAGGACCCGGUCGGUGUGUACUGGAGCCCUAACUCAAUCAACAAGGACACGGCUACCCGGACUACGUCGCGCUCUGCGUACUACGACCCCAUUGCUUCCAAGCGUUCGAACUUGAAGCUCUUGACGAACACCCACGUUGACGAGAUCACAUUCUCGAAGGAUAGGACCGGUGCUCUCACCGCAACUGGCGUGAAGUACACGAGCAAUGCUGGUGGCGUACAGGUGCAGGCCAUUGCAGCGAAGGAGGUUAUUCUCGCCGCUGGUGGUGUCUUCUCUCCCCACUUGCUUAUGGUGUCUGGUAUCGGACCCAAGGAUGUCCUACAGGCCGCCGGUGUCACCGUUAAGAAGGAUCUCCCGGCUGUGGGUUCCAACUUCCAGGAUCACAUCGCCAACUACAUGAACUUCAACCUUGAAGGCUACGCCCAGGACAGCAUUCCCUCCAUCAACACCAACGCGACCUACAACCAAACCGUUUACGACCUCUACCUCUCGUCCAAAACGGGACCCUACUCCGUCGGCCGCGCCAACGGCCUCGUCUUCAUGGCCCUCCAGCAUUUCGAGCCCACCUACAAAGCCAUCGUCAACAAGAUCCGCGCCCAGAAAGCCGAAAACUUCCUUCCCCCGCGCUACUCCAAGAACGCCGCGCUCCUCCGCGGCUUCGAGAAGCAAGCCGACAUCCUCGCCAAACAGUUCGCCGCCGCGAAGGCCGCCGUCGGCGAAAUCGUCAUCCAGCCCUGGGGCUUCUCCGGCAUCGCAAACAACAAGCCCCUCUCCCGCGGCACCAUCACGCUGAACAACACCCACCCCGAGGCCUACCCCAUCGUCCAAUGGAACACCUUCAUGAACCCCGUAGACGCAGACAUCAUGGUCUCUCUAACAAAGUACAACAGAGCGCACUGGGCGCGCCCCGAGCUAGCAAGCUACAAGCCCGUAGAAACGAGUCCCGGACCGCAGUACCAGACGGACGAAGAGAUCAUCCAAGGCGGCAUCGCGAGCGGCUCACUAGCGCCUUCUUUCGCGCAUCCCAGCGGCGGCUGCAGCAUGAUGCCUGAAACUCUUGGGGGCUGCGUCAACGAGAAGCUGCAGGUGUAUGGCGUCGGGAAGCUGAGCGUUAUAGACGCUAGUAUCAUUCCCAUGGUUCCCGCUGCGCAUCUGCAGGCUACCAUGUAUGCGAUUGCGGAGAAGGCGAGCGAUAUUAUCAAGGCGCGUGCGUAG